AUGGAUAUGUGGAUCCCGGGGGAUGCCCAGGUGUGCCCUGUGUGUCACGGUAAGGGGCCAAAGACGAGGGCUGGCCCUGUUGAGAAGCUGAACGCCGAGUCGUUGGACUUGAUGGGCGCGACUACCGGUCUUGGUGGAGGUGGCUCGAGAGAGGUCUAUGGCUUGCCUUCGACGCCAGAGUUUGCCGAGGACGGUUUGCCUUUCCCUGUGUUCGACGCUGUCGAUUUGGAGGUCCGGUCGAAGGACUGGGGCGGGUCGGUGAGCAGAGGGGUCCGCUUGGGCACGCUGCGGGAUGUACGUCCGAACACCAGCGGGUAUGAUAUGAGGUUGCAGAUUAUGGCUUUGGGGAUGGUGCCGAAAAACGUUAAGGUUAAGUUGGUGUUGCAGGUCUGUAAGGAGACUGACUCGGCCCCUGAGGAGAGGGAACUUGCUGAUGAUACUAGAUUUGGUUACCUUUGUCGCCACCCCAAGAUUGCAAAGUUAUGGGUGUGUAAGAGCGAGAUCGAUACUGCUACUGCCAGCCCAACGCCGACAAGCCCUCCGGGGCCGCCUAAGGGGAAAAGGGCAGCGCCGUCGGGCUCGACAGCGGCUGAGCGACGAAAGCGACGGAACCAGCGAGCGGAGGGUGGCCUUGUUGGCAGUAUCUUCCAUGAAGCAUUGUCUUGA